GCCUGCGGGUGACCUGCGUGUGCCCAGUGCCACCUCCUGCAUGCGGCAUGAGAGUGUGGGGAGAGCCUGGCGGCCGCCGCUUCCCUGCCAGCAAGGGGGACUCGCACACUCACUCGGAGAGAGCGCAGCGGUGCGGGUGCCAUCACACCUCCGUAGCAAGGAGGGACCUGAGGGGGAGAAGAGGAGAAAGCAGUGCUUCAAGGCUAGCGAGUGGUAGGGCCGAGCACUGAGCAACUCCGGCUGCUCCUACAGCCUCCAUGCCUCUGCUCCUCUUCCUCUGCAGCGUCUGAAGGCUGCGAUCAGCAUGAAGGACUAUUACCCAGUCUCAAUGCCCCGGUACAGUCGGUACGCCCAGAGACUGAAAGCCUCACGCACUGUGCGCUUCCCCAAUGACGUCGUCUUUCAGGACCACAUCAGGCAGGGGGACCUGGAGCAGGUGGGCAGAUUCAUACGUGCCAGGAAGGUGACGCUGGACACCAUCUACCCUUCUGGCAUGGCAGCCCUCCACGAAGCUGUGCUUACUGGAAACCUGGACUGUGUCAAGCUCCUGGUUAAAUACGGCGCCGACAUCCACCAGAAGGAUGAGAAUGGGUGGACGCCCCUGCACAUGGCCUGCAGCGAUGGCUAUGCCGAUAUAGCCAGGUGAGGCGCACCUCGCCUGGGCUGUGACGGGACACCCCUGCAUUGCAGAGCCCCGAGAACCAUAGCCGGCAGCGCCGGGGCUGGACCGGGCCCUGGGCGUCUCCUCCUACGAGGGCGCCUGGUAC